AGAGGCGCUCUCACUUGAAACCUGAAUUUGCACUUUGCAACGAGAGGCAGUAGUCACCAGAAAUAGCAUGCGAGAACAAUUUUAAUAAAUGGCGUAUUUUAAUAGGAAAAAAUAUCAGCGUUUGCUGUUUUUUGCAGUAUCACUUCAAAUUUCAGGUGUGUUAUGUUUUAGUGAGUUGUUUUUCAUCAAGGAGCCCCAUGACGUGACUGUGGUGCGGAAGGACCCGGUUAUUUUGGACUGCCAAGCACAUGGAGAGGCACCCAUUGAUGUCAGGUGGCUAAAAAACGGAGUAAGAGUCUCUGAGAAUGAACGGGUCUACCUGCUCUCCAAUGGCUCCCUGUACAUCUCAGAGGUAGAGGGCAGAAAAGGAGACAAAUCGGACGAAGGCUUCUACCAGUGCCUCGCGCAGAACAAGUAUGGAGCCAUUUUGAGCCAGAAAGCUCGUCUAACUAUCGCAAGUAUUUCCCCCUUUGUGCUCCAGCCCACAUCAGCGGCGGCGACAGAGGGGUCCGUGGCCAGAUUCGCCUGCCACAUCACGGCGAACCCCCCCGCAAUCAUCACUUGGGAGUUCAACCGAACCAUGCUGCCUCUGGCUACUGAAAGAAUCACGGUGUUGCCCAAUGGAGUGCUGCAGAUCCACGGUGUGGAACCGGGGGAUGCGGGAAACUACCGCUGCGUCGCCACCAACAUCGCCAGCCGCCGCCGGAGUGCUGAGGCCGUGCUCACCGUCAACCCAGCACCGGGCCCCAGGCUUCCACAGAGGCCAAAAAUUAUCGCCGGGCCCCAGAACGUCACCACGGCCCUACACCAGAGCACCAUCCUGGAGUGCAUGGCCACCGGGGUCCCCAGGCCGCUGGUGUCCUGGAGCCGGGCGGACCACAAGUCCAUCGACGUCUUCAACACCAAGGUGCUGGGGAACGGGAACCUGGUCAUCUCGGACGUGAAGCUGCAGCAUGCUGGCGUGUACAUGUGCCGAGCCACUACACCGGGGACCCGCAACUACACCAUCGCCUCGGCAAACCUCACUGUGCUGGCCCCUCCCUCCCUGGUGGAGUGGCCCGAGAGUCUGACCCGUCCGCGGGCGGGAACGGCUCGCUUUGUGUGCCAAGCCGAGGGCGUGCCCUCACCCCACAUCACCUGGCUGAAGAACGGGCAGAAGGUGCACUCCAACGGCCGGAUCAAGAUGUACAGCAGCAAACUGGUGAUCAACCAGAUCAUCCCAGAGGACGAUGCCAUCUACCAGUGCCUGGCGGAGAACGAGCAGGGCUCGGUGCUGUCCAUGGCGCGGCUGAUCGUGGUGAUGUCCGAGGACCGGCCCAGCGCUCCGAGGAACAUCCGCGCCGAGACCGUGUCCAGCUGCGCCAUCCUGCUGGCCUGGGACAGGCCGCUGUACAACUCGGACAAAGUCAUCGCCUACUCCGUGCACUACAUGAAAGCUGAAGGGUUAAACAACGAGGAGUAUCAAGUUGUUAUCGGCAACGACACAACGCGCUACAUCAUCGAUGACCUGGGGCCAGCGAGCAAUUACACUUUUUACAUUGUGGCCUACAUGCCCAUGGGAGCCAGCCGCAUGUCUGAUCAUGUGGUCCAGCACACCUUAGAGGAUGUUCCCCUGCGUGCCCCUGAGCUGAGCCUGACCAGCCGCAGCCCCACCAACAUCCACGUGUCCUGGCAACCCCUCCCGGCCAAACUGAGCCGAGGGCACAUCUCGGCCUACCGGCUGUCCUACCGCACCAGCACCGACAGCGCCGUCACUGCCCUGGAGCUCCCCGGUGCCAGCUCCCAGCACCUCCUGCAGGACCUGCAGCCUGACACCAUCUACCUCCUCCGGAUCGCCGCCGCCACCCGUGUGGGCUGGGGGGAGCAGUCCGCCUGGACAUCCCAUCGGACGCCCAAAUCCUCCAGCGCCAAAGUGCCUCUGGCCCCUGAGCUGCAGUUGGAGCCGCUGAACUGCACCACCAUCGUGGCCCGCUGGCAACCUUCCCCGGGCAACUCUGCCAGCAUCCAGGGCUACCGGCUCUUCUACCGAGAGGAGGGGCAGCCGGAGAGCGCCCCCAUCCAGCUCCCUGCCCAGCGGGCCCAGCACAUCAUGGGCGGCCUUGACCCAAGAAAGAAGUACCACGUGAAGCUCCUAGCCUAUGGCUUUGCAGGAGAAGGCUACCAGGCAGACCAGACAGUCAGCACUCCUGGAUGUGUCUCUGUUCGUGAUCGCUUGGUGCCCCCUCCUCCACCCCCGCAUCAUGUGUAUGCCAAGGCCAACAGCUCAUCCACGGUGCACCUACACUGGGGCCGCCCUGCCUUCACCACGGGCCAGACCGUCAACUACACCGUCCGCUGCAACCCCGUGAGCCUGCAGAACGCAUCCCUGGUGCUCUACCUGCAGACUUCUGAACAGAGCCUGCUGGUACAGGACUUGGAACCCAACACUAGGUACGAGUUUGCAGUUCGCCUUCAUGUGGACCAGCUGUCCAGCCCCUGGAGUCCAGUGGUGUAUCAGAGCACGCUUCCCGAAGCGCCCAGCCAGGCACCAUGGGGGGUGAAGGUCACCCUGAUUGAGGACGACACGGCGCUGGUGUCCUGGAAGCAGCCCGAGGAGCUGAACCUGGCGGUAACGCACUACACCAUCCUGUAUGCCUCUCGGAAGGCCUGGAUCGCCGGGGAGUGGCAGGUGCUGCAGAAGGAAGGCUCUGUCACCAUGGCACUGCUGGAGAACCUGCUGCCUGGGAGCAUCUACCUGGUGAAGAUCUCCGCGUCCAAUCAGGUGGGAGACGGGCCCUUCUCCAAAGCAGUGGAACUGGCUGUGGUUCCCGGAGGUUCCCAAUCCGGUCACUAUCCCAGGCGUUCCGGUGGCUCGGCGGAAGCUAAAGCAUUCUCUGAUGGCUUCUACCACAUGGACCAGAAAUCGAUGACGGGUAUCAUAGUCGGAGUGUGCAUCGCCCUGGCUUGCAUCCUCCUUUGUGUCUUGAUCCUUGUCCACAGAGGCAAAGCCAGGAAAUCCUCUGCGACAAAAGCCACCAGGCAGGGGGACAAUCAGGCCAUUCCCCUGUCCAGUGGGAAUCAGGCAGAGAACGCAGAAGCCCUGAUGCCAAUGAUUGGAAACCACUUCCUUGAUACGAAGGGAGGGACAAAUUUGAUCAUUAGUCACACCGGGCCAGUAAUCCCCAGUAGUCCAAAGAGGAAGAAGUGGUGGUUCUUCAGUAAGGAGGAAAAGAAGGACCCCAGGAGAGGCCAGGCUCAGAAGAGGGGCCACAGUCCAUGCUCCUACCAGCGGGGAACAACAGCCGUGGGGUACAAUGAACCGUUGCCUUCUUCUCCAAACCAGACUACCUCCUUGAAAGUUCUGUUUGGGGACACCGAGGGCUCCCAGAACAGCGAGGGCAGCCAUGAGACGGGCGACUCAGGGCGCUUCUCGCACGAUGAGACCGAGAUGACCAACCUUUCCUCUGGGCGUAACAGCCGGCCCCCUUCCCUUGGGGCGGAGGACAGCGGGGGGUCGAACGACGGCCCUAGCCCUGAGGAGGAGCGGCCACACUUAGUCGUGGAGAUGGGCGACUCUAUGGAAACGCCCGGUCUUCAUCAGAGUCAGGCCCCAGACCCAUCCCAACCAGCACUUCCUCUCUAGCAGUGAGUCCAGUACUCCCUACCCACAACCCCCCCCCUCCAGCAAGCCAAAAAAGAGGAAGGAUUUCUGGAAAAAUUGGGGUGCUGGCCCCUGUAUUUUUUUCCCAGGAAUUUUCCUUUUAUGAAUGUGUUCCUUUUAUUUCGCUAUUCUUUUAUUUGUAUGUGUGUGUUUGUUGAAAAGAAAUCUCACCCACCAUGAAUGUUUCAAAGAUCGUCAGAAAUGUAUAAUAUUUCGGUUGCAUCUCUGAUGUUAUUUAAGAGUAUAUCACUGGAGCGACGGGAAAGUUUUACCCUCUAUUCGCUUUUUAUCUACCUCAGUUUACCUCAUGGGAAACUCCAACUAUAUAUUUGAUAACUACUUAUAUCCAAGUUAUGUGAUGAAGCCCUGCAUUUGCAUAACGGUUGAUACUUCCUGAUAGCAAUAAUUUGUGAAUGUUAAUUAGUAAUAGUUUUAUGUUUGUCUGUUUUUUUUGUUCUGAAGUAAGAGAUUGUAAGGGUACAGUUUUGCUUAAUUAUUAGAGGCUUUUUUAUUUUUCAUCACAGGUGAAAUGAGUGGUACAUCAGCUCUUGAAAAAGACGUUGUUAGCUGAACCAUUCUAAGAAUAUUCAAACAAAUGAAUACAAUAGCAUUCAGUUUUAAGUCCCCCCCCUUUAAGAGGUUGCAUUUUGACUAAAUUUCUUUCUAAGUAUGACUUGAGGACCAGUCUAAAUUAACAGAAAGCCUCAACAAAUAGCUGUUGAUUCCAUAUUCCUAUAAAUAACUUUUCAUAUAAUUUCAUAUUGUUGCUUUUAUAUUCCUCAGAGAAAAAUGUAUUAUCAAAAGUUAAAAUCUUUAAGAAAGCUUAGACUGAUAAAUUCUUAUCAUAGAGCAGUUCAGUUACAAAUAAUCACUGCUUUGACUUUCACUGUUUAAUGCACUGACAUGCUAUUCAAUGUAUGCACCUCAGGAAGAUUAAGGCAUACCAUAGAUUUAACAAGACAAUGCAGUAAUUUCUUGUGUAAUAGCUAGAUUUUUUAACGUAGUACUUUCCUUCAGAGCUACCUCAGUUCUAUCAUGCUGUUUGAAGUUAUUUCUGUUCAAAAGACUGCAUCCUUUGGGAAACCCAAGCAAGUAUUAUGAAUGUUCAUUUCCAUUCAUGUUUUUAUGUAUUUUAAUGUUUCGCUGCCCUUACAAUCUCUGUCACGCUACCUCAUUUUAAGUGUUAUUUUGUAGUGUUAUUAUUUUCCUAAACUCAGGGAACAAGGUUUAGUACAUUUGAAAAACCAUGUAUUAUGUAUUGUCACAUGGUUGACUGACAGGGUAUCUUAGUAGAGCUGAACCGCGUAUUGUAGAAUGUAGUUUCUGUAGCUCAGUAAACGUGUCUCUAGAAUUUUGUACUGGUAAUGGGUCAUGGGUUGAAUUGCUUAUGUGACUUGACCCACCAGAGAUUAAGUCGUCUUCACUUCGUAGAAAAAUAAUUUUAAGUUGGUAUGAUUAGUCUCAUUUAUGGUAGGUUUUCAUUUCAAGGUUAUGUACUAGUUUUUCAUUUCGUAGAGUAAGAACUAACCAAAAACUUGCCAGUGCUGACAUGUUCAGUGUGGCAAACCUUAAAAGCUUUAUAAAUGGCCUUAGUGUGGAAAGGGAGAUAUCAGAUAGAAGGUAAGGCUCCAAUACCAAAGUGUGAUUCUUCAUUGUGUGAUCCUUGACACAUGGAGAUGUGGGACAUGUAGAAUGUCUGUUGAAAACCAAAAAAAUGAAUAAAUGAGAGUAAUGAUAGAGAGGUAUGAUAAUUAUACACCAAAAAAAAUCUUUUACUUCCAAAGAUAUAUAUAUUUUUCUUGGCUUAUAUGUACUACUGAGUACACAUUCUAGUCAUUUUUGCUUUUUGAAGUAGUCAAUGCUUUAUUCUUGCGUAGAGUUUAGCACUUGUCUUUGGAAUUAGUGGUCAUGUUUCAGUUUUCAGAUCACUGCAAAUAUGCAAUGGUGACAGAUGCUAUUAUCCAAAGAGUUGUUUGCUUUCUCAAUUAUGUUCAUUUUUAUCUCUUAGCUGAUCCAUGGGGGAAGAAUGAGGAUCCCUCAUGCCAGACCAAAGAUCAAUUAAUAUAUCAGAUGGAUCAGUUGAGAUGCUGCUUUUAGAAUUUUGAGACGCCUUGCACACUUCUGUGCCCCCGUUAUGUGACCAAAUGAGUUGAGAUGCGGGUAACCUCUAAGACAGAGCUCCCAUGAUGUUGAGCGCUUUGUCAGUGUAUUUAAUAGACUAAUUUUAGAAUUCCAUGCGCAUUAACCAAAUAGUCCAGUAAUUUGUUUCCUUUAAGAACUCGGCUGUCACAUAUGGAUGAAUUUGCUGUUGUAGGAGAAAAUUGUAUUUAUGUAUAUAUAUUAUAUCUCAUCCAGCAUUGUGAAGUCGUUUUUGAAAUCAAAGGAUUCUGAUAAGUGUUCUGGAUAACCCUUUGCGCGAAGAGCAAAACAAUCAGUUUUACUUUCUUUUGAAAAAGCAAACAAUGUAAACCAAAGAUUUUUAGGUCACCAUUGCAUAUUGGCUUGUUAGAUCUGCAUAGGAUACUAUCGUUGCAUGAUAUUUUGCCAUUUUCUAAUGUUUAAAUGCUUUUCCCACCAUUUUAAUGUUUCACAAUUCCUAAUGAGUAUAUGGGUGUCUCUAAAACCACAAACCAAGAUGAGUGGAAUACCGUGAGUGCUUUUAAAUCUUCAUUCUCAUUUUUAUUUGUGAAUAAAGACAAAGACAGAAUGAUUUUUAUAUAACUAUUUUCACUGAAGGAGAAAUACUUUGUCUGUUAUAUUAAUUUCUGGGGUACAACAUGUACACCACAGUACUGAGAAAAGUACUGGCUGAAUUUUGGUUUUACCUAGAGAUGCCUAAAAAUGUGUUAAUGUUUGAUAAGAAUGUGAAUAUAUCUUUGAAAAUGUUGUAGAUGAGCAUUAAUCUGGAAAAUGUCCAAACUUUUUUGUUAUGUUUUUUGCAAUUGUUCUGCUAUGUGUUCAAUUGAAAUCCAACACUAUUUGCAACAAGAAAGCUGGUAUGAGUUUAAUGAAAUGAAAAAUUUCAUUUCAUUGUUUUUAAGUAACGCAUGCACUUCAACUCAAAUAUUCUUUUUGUCAUAGCAUUUUCAGCAAAUGUAUGUCCUGGGCACUUUCACUCUUCAAAUGUUCCAAAGAAUUACAAUCAGUCUUUUUCAUGAUUUUAAAUAUUGAGGAGACACAAGGAGGAUGUGUCCAAGACAGCCAUUUGCUGAUCUGUAUUCUGCUAAAAUCAAUGAUUUUGUUGACUUUUAUGUCUCGAUAUUUACAAAUGGACUGUUGUAUUCACUGUAAUCAAAGCCAUUUUUCCAGCUGUUCACAGAGAAACAAUGGAUUCAGAACUACUGAAUGCUCACGCUAAAGGUGGCUAGCGUUACAUGGGCGGCAGAGACAAGAACAAUAAAAAUAUAAUCCUACAAGUUCCAACAACAGCCUUAUUUUAUUUUAAAAUAUUAUUUCUUAACUGUGUUCUUUUGUGGACAUGUGAAACUAAAGGGAUGAAGCAGAGGACUCCGUCUCCUGUGAAAUGAGUGAUUUUGAGGCACAUAUUCUUCCGCUUCCAUCCUGUGUAAAGGCUAUGCUGGCUUGUUCUCCAGUGGUUCUGGAGCUGUGGGUUAUAUGCAGUUCAGCUCAGGGGAGCCCCCAGCUCCUCUACCACUGCUUGAAUCAAAGCAUGCUACUGGCCUUGAAUUUUGAAUGUACCCCUCUUUUUUUAUUUUGCGCAUUUAUGUCCUGUUUUUUUCUUUUUAUAUCCAGUUUUUUACUUUUUUUUUUUUUUUUUUUACAAUGUAUUUGCCUGGUAUUUAGGCAAGCUGUUGUCUCUGCAAUAAUGUUCAUGCCAAAAAAAAUGCUAUGAAAGGCCAAAAAUAAUGUGAAUUCUUCAAAAUGGUCAUAAUUAUUGAUUGCACAGUUUAAAUAAAACUUUUCAUAAAAAUUGCAA